AUGAAGCUGCAUAAGAAGAUUUUGACUCAUUACCAAUCCUGCACAUCACCGGUGGACAAAGAAGGAUUUCUCUACAAAAAGAAACAGAUGAAUGGCUCUUACCAUCGGCGCUGGUUCGUCCUGAAAGCCAACCUGCUGUUCUACCAAGAGCGGCCUGGUGACCGUCACCUGCUGGGCGUUAUCGUGUUGGAGGGAUGCGCGGUGCAAAGAGCCGACGCCGACGGACGCUUCUGCUUCUGUUUGCUCUUCAAGGGGUCUGAAACAAAGAGCUACCGGUUUGCAGCGGGGGAUGAAGAUACGCUGGAAAGCUGGGUGCGGACUUUGCUGUGCGCCAGCCACUGCUACCUCUCGCUGCUUCUACGAGACCUGCACAUGCAGUAUCAAGCGGUAAAGCAUCUCCAGGGCUCCGAUGACUCUCCCCACAGCACCAUAAACCUCAGACGACCACCAUUAUUGUAUUCAUCCUUAUCAACAGUAGUCAUCAAAAAGUCACCCAAUCCAUGGCACAGGUGGAACACUCAAGUCACCCCCUUGAAUGUGCCAACACCGCCAUCAUACGCCGAGUGGCCCCUGUUGGGGACUGAUCCACGGGAGGAGUUCCGUAAACUUCACGAGUACUAUGGCCAAGAGGUAAAAAAGGCCCGCGAAGCUUGGCUGACCAGACGGCAGCCUCCAGAGACAAACGUGCAAGAUCUCAUAGAUCUGAGUGAAAAGGGAAUUACUCUUUGA